GCAGUGAUUGCAACAAGAAAACAUGUCUCCUCAUGUAUGAACAGAGUUGUUUUUUGGCAAGUCGACCAUUAAUUCACGUCAGAAGAUUUUUUUUAUCGGUCUUGACAAACACCCAGGAACAUGUCCUCCCAGGAAGAUUGCUCUCCUGAGCAGGCCCCCAGUGGGGUUGAGCCUCCGAGUGACUCCGUCAUCACCGUCACCAUUGGUGCCACGGUCCCCACAGGGUUCGAACAUACUGCUGCAGAGGAAGUCUAUGAGAAGAUCGGGAUGGAAGCCCGCAUUAGCAAAGACCGUGGACGUAUUUACUUUCCCGUAGCUACUGACAAGCUUUUUCAGGUUCAUCUCCUGAGGUCUGUGGACAACCUGUUUGUGGUGGUGCAGGAAUUCAAUAAUUACCAAUUCAAAGAAUCAAAGGAGGAGACUUUGAUGGAGUUGCAACAGCUUGCCUCCAAACUCCCGUGGACCAUCCCCUUGGAGGUGUGGAAACUGAACAGCACUUUCAAAAAGAGAAAAGGCCACCGUAAAGGAGCGACCGGCACCAAAGUCAAACCCAGUAAUGACAACGGCGACACAACCGUGCCUGAAGCCGAGCAGCAGGAACAAGCGGAGACGCCACCUGUCGCUGAGGAGACACCAGACGCGGAAACCGCCACACAGGAGGAUUCUGAGGAAGCAGCAGCAGGACCCGACCCCAAAGUCAUCAAGUUUCGUGUGACGUGCAAUCGCGCCGGUGACAAACACAGCUUCUCUUCCAACGAGGCAGCGAGAGACUUUGGUGGAGCCGUGCAAGAAUUUUUCCAGUGGAAAGCAGAUAUGACCAAGUUUGACGUUGAGGUCUUAGUAAAUAUACAUAAUGCCGAGAUGGUGAUCGGCAUCGCACUCACGGAAGAGAGUCUUCACAGAAGAAACAUCAGUCACUUUGGACCCACCACACUGAGGUCCACCUUGUGCUAUGGCAUGCUCAGGCUGUGUAAACCUCAGCCGUCAGACAUUAUCCUCGAUCCAAUGUGUGGAACCGGAGCCAUACCUUUGGAGGGGGCGUUAGAGUUUCCUGCUUCAUUUUACAUGGCGGGGGACAACAACGACAUGGCGGUGAACCGCACCGUCAACAAUGUGUGUCACAUUCAGAAAAGGAAGGCAGACAAGGGCAGUACACCAGGACUGCCCAUUGACACUGUGCGCUGGGAUUUGUGCAGUUUACCCAUGAAGUCCAGCUCUGUUGACAUCAUCAUCACUGACAUGCCCUUUGGGAAGAGGAUGGGCUCCAGGAAGAAGAAUUGGGACCUUUACCCCUCCUGCUUGAGAGAAAUGGCCCGUGUGUGCAGGCCAGGCUCAGGGAAGGCUGUCCUAUUGACGCAGGACAAGAAAUGCUUUUCUAAGGCCCUGUCGAGAAUGGGAGGACUGUGGAGGAAGCAGCACACUGUUUGGGUCAAUGUUGGAGGUUUACACGCUGGGGUGUUCCUGCUCAGGCGCACCGCCGCUGUGUUUGGCCAAACUCCUGAAGAUGUCUAUGAAACACCAGGGACAGCACGUACACAAGGAGACCACGAUGACGGCGAGCACUCUUAAG